AUGUCAGGGACCCCCCCGACCCUUACAUAUACACGCUGCCAGAGAGCUGGUGACUUAGGGCGUGUCCCCACAGACGAACGGGGCUCCCACCACUCGGAGUGCUACAGCGACUGCUGUCUCAUCAACUUGGACCACUGUGGUGCCUUCUGUGUCCCUACGGCCAGAAUCACCAUGAUGUGCUUGCCCCAGACCAAGGGCGCCAUCAACAUCAUGUGCCCCUGCCAAGUAGGCUUAGGUUGCAUACACAAGGAUCCAGUCUGUACCUGCCGGUGCCAUCUGAUUUAG